CGUGUGUGCAGACUCGGACCAUGCAGACCCUGGUGCCUCUAAUUCUGUCAGCCCAGAGCACCUCACCUCUGGUUCCCAGCACAAGAAAGCGGCGUGGUCAGGAGGGGUUAAACUUCGGCUGAAACACAGGCGCAGUGAACCUGCAGGCCGCCCUCACUCGUGGCAUACAACCAAACUUGGGGAGAACCAGCCUGAUGCCAGCAUGAUGCAGAUAUCUCAGGGCACAAUGGGCCCUCCGUGGCACCAAAGCUACCACUCCAGCUCUUCUACAAGUGAUCUCUCCAACUAUGACAAUGCCUAUCUGAGGCGGAGCCCUGACCACUGUAGCUCCCAGGGGAGCAUGGAAAGCCUGGAGCCUAGUGGGGGAUACCCACCUUGUCAUCUUCUUUCUCCUGCCAAGUCCACCAGCAGCAUCGACCAGCUCAGCCACCUCCAUAACAAGAGAGACUCGGCAUACAGCUCUUUCUCCACCAGUUCUAGCAUUCUAGAGUAUCCACCCCCUGGCGUAUCUGGCCAAGAGCGUUCAGGCUCCAUGGACACUACUUCUGCUCGAGGGGGUCUCCUAGAAGGGAUGAGGCAGGCAGAUAUUCGCUAUGUCAAGACAGUCUAUGACACCCGGAGAGGAAUCUCAGCGGAGUAUGAGGUGAACUCUUCUGCCCUGCUUCUUCAAGGCAGGGAGACCCAAGCAUCAGCAGAUGGCCAGGGCUAUGAAAAAUGGCAUACUGCUCCUCGGGGCAGGGGAGCACCACCCCCAUCCUGGAGCCAGCAGUGCCCUGGUUCUUUGGAGACUGCCACUGACAACCUGCCUCAUAAAGUGGGCGCGCCCCUACCCCCAACUAGAAGUGACAGUUACGCAGCCUUUCGGCAUCGAGAGCGGCCCAGCUCCUGGUCUAGCCUUGAUCAGAAACGGUUCUGCCGACCUCAGGCAAAUUCUUCAGGUUCCUUGAAACCUUCAUUCAUAGAGGAACAGCUGCAUACUGUCCUAGAAAGGAGUCCAGAGAACAGCCCCCCGGUGAAGCCCAAGCACAGUUAUACCCAGAAGACCCAGCCUGGCCAGCCUCUGCUGCCAACAGGCAUCUACCCUGUACCUUCCUUGGAGCCACACUUUGCCCAGGUACCCCAGCCUUCUGUGAGUAGUAAUGGGUCGCUCUACCCUGCGCUGGCCAAGGAGAGUGGAUAUACAGCCACUCAGGGAGCUUGCAGCAGGACCAUCGAUGAGAAUGGGAACCAAAAUGGCGCUAGCAGACCUGGGUUUGCUUUCUACCAGUCUCUUGAAAAUGACUUAUUAUCCCCCAUGGAGAGGAAACCAGAAACUACAGCCAAGUAUGUCCCCUACAAAGUCCAUUUUUCUUCAGUGCCUGCAAAUGAAGAGGAUUCCUCCCUAAAGAGACAUCUCAUACCUCUGCAGGGCAACAGCCCACAUGCCAAUGAAAGAAAGAACAGCCAUUGCAACAAACCAUGUUCUAAUCACCAAGGCCUCAAAUCCCCUGAGGCCUGGCAAGUGAGUGGAGACAAGAGAUCUUCUAGGCCCUUGGAAUCUUGGGAGAGUGAUUCCCAGGAAGACCACAAUGCCAAUCUCCAGCAAAAGCUGGAGAGAGAAGGCCUAGGCCAGAGCCUGUCGGGCAACUUUGGCAGGACCAAGUCAGCCUUCUCAUCUCUUCAGAACAUUCCAGAGAGCGUGAGACGGCAGAGCAGCCUGGAGCUAGCAGGGGGAGCCCAAGAGACUUACCCUGGUGGCAGGCCUACCUGCACAAUGAACACCAAGGUGGAGGACCCUGGAAGGAAAGCUGUGCCUGACCACAGGGGCCACCUGGACAGGCCAGUUUCCUACUCAAGGCCUGAGGGAAGAAGCAGUGCCUCAGCUUCGUUCCACAGUGCAGACCCAAGGUAUGAAGAGCUGCCCACUCCACCACACCAGCAGACAUCCAGUCUGGGCAGGAGGAGACUCAGCUCAGGAGGUGCCUCUGGUCUGCAGUGCUUUCAGUACAGGAAGCCCCACUGCUCCGUGCUGGAGAAGGUUUCCAAGAUCGAGCAGCGAGAGCAAGGGAGCUACAGGCCCCCGAGUGUGGUCAGCUCCACUUACAGCCAUAACUAUCGACCCAACAGGACAGUCCCAAAUCCCAGUACUUCUGGGAGUGACUUAGAGGAGACAAAAGGCAGCACCCGUUCCUCUGAGCCCCUAGGCAAUGGGGAGCAGCACUUCAAAUUCGAGGAACCUAACUUGGAAGAGGUUUCCAGGCAGCCUUGUGGUCAGCAGCUAAGGACCGCUGCUGACAGUGGCCGUGGCCCCCAACUCCGAGGCAGUGAGCCUCCAAGGCCCGAUGCCCGCCUGCUCCGCAGCCAGAGCACCUUUCAGCUCUCCAGCGAAGCCGACAAAGAGGCUGCUUGGCGGGAAGACAGGCCCAGCACACCGGAAUCACCCGUGCUGGACGCGCCCUUCAGCCGCGCCUACAGAAACAGCAUCAAGGAUGCGCAGUCCCGCGUCCUGGGGGCCACCUCUUUUCGCCGUAAAGACCUGGAGCUGGGCACGACCUCAAGGUCCUGGCGGCCACGGCCUGCCUCUGCCCACGUGGGGCUGCAGAGCGCAGAGGCCCCGGCACCAUCCGCGUCCCCACACACCCCCCGGGAGCGGCACAGUGUGACCCCGGCCGAGGGCAGCUUGGCCGGGCUUGCACCCGCAGCGGUCCGGAGAGGGCCGCGCCGGCGUCUGACGCCUGAGCAGAAGAAGCGCUCCUACUCGGAGCCCGAGAAGAUGAACGAGGUGGGGGUCUCUGAGGAGGCCGAGCCUGCGCCCUUGGGCCCGCAGAGGCAGGGGCUGCGUUUCCCCGAGAGCACUGUGGCUGACCGGCGCCGCAUCUUCGAGCGCGAUGGCAAGGCCUGCUCCACGCUCAGCCUGUCAGGGCCGGAGCUGAAGCAGUUCCAGCAGAGCGCCCUGGCCGCUUACAUCCAGCGGAAGACGGGCAAGCGACCGUCCGCUGCAGCCGCCUGCGGCCUCCAGGAGCCCGGGCUGUUGGAGCGCGCCCAGAGCGCCUUCCUCCCUGCCAGCCCUGAAGGCCUCGGCCUGGCCGCCACCUGCAGCCUGAGCUCGUUGCGGGAGCCCAGCCUGCAGCCCCGCAGGGAGGCCACCCUGGUGUCCACUGCUGCUGCCGAGGCCGUGCGGGCACCCCGAGAUCGCAGCAGCUCGUUUGCAUUUGCUGGUGGGCGCCCCCAUGGGGAACUGCGGCGCUGGGACCCCCAGGCCCGGAGGGAGGUGCCUGGUGGAGCUACCUAUGGACCAGCAGGCACACAGAAGGCGGACAGGAACCCUGGAGGGUCAUCUUCCUGGGGUGCUGUGGCCGGCAGGACUGCAAAGUCCAUGUCAGCUGAGGACCUGCUGGAGCGCUCUGAUGCCCUGGCCGUCCCUGUCCACGUGAGGUCCAGGUCAUCUCCCAUCGCAGACAAGAAGUGCCAGGAUGUGCUCCUGGGGGAAGAACACGGCUUUGGUUUUGUGAAGGAUCCAUAUUAUUUGGCUGACCCUGGAUCUCGGUCACUCAGUUCAGAUAGAAGUCGAGAAGAGACGCUCUUGCCCCUACACCAUCCCACCCCUCAUUGGGGUGGCUCAGGCUGCAGAGCAACUGGUGGUUCCUCAGUACCUAGUGAAUGUCCUGAAGUCUCAGAGCAUCCAAGGCAAACCAGCAGAACACCUUGCCCCCGGCCAUUGCCUACAGGAGUGCAGGGGUACCUUCCAGACACCAGAGCUGCCACCUCAACCACACUCAGCUCCCCGCUGCCUUCACCUGUUCCUUCCAACCACUGCUCAAAGCUUGCCACUGAUCAGCAGCUUGGAAGGGAUGGUCAGGCAGGGCAACAGCUUCUUCCACCCUACACCCCUGCAGUGACCCACAGAAGCGAUGGUCACAUCCUCACCCAGCCUCCCAGUCCAAGAGGCCAUGAAUUGAACAGCCCAGAGCAUGGGGUAGAAGAGGGAAUGUGGAAGAGGGUCUCGCUGCCUCAGCGGCCACUGCCUCCCUUGGUGAAAUGGGCACAUGCAGUUAGAGAGGACAGUCUUUCUGAGGAAGCCUCGGCACCUGAGUUUGCAAUGAAGCACUAUAAGAAACAGCUGAAUCUUCCAAGUUCAUGCAGCACUUCCGACCCAGACACUCCAGGGAGGAUCUCCCUCCGCAUAUCUGAGUCAGCCCUGCAGACCUCCCCACCACCCCGGGAGGACUAUGAUGACGAAGUGUUUGUGAAGGACUUGCCCCCCAAGGCCACUUCCAACCCCACGUUCGAAGCUCUUCCUCCACCCCCACCUCCUCCACUGAGCCAGGAAACCCCAGUGAAUAGUUCAGAUGACUUUCCUCCCCCUCCUCCAGAAGCUGUGUGUGAGGCGCUGCUGGAUAGCGAGGCACCCAAGGAGCCUGACAGCAGUUCCAGCAAAAUCUCCAAGGUGACAAGGGAAAGACAUGUACUUAGUGCAGCCCAUUUGGUAGGUAGUCAGAUACUGCCCUCCAGACCCCAAAAUUAUGUCAGAGGUUCAGAGGUCAGCGAGUCCACCCCACCAUCCGUCCUGAAUGUUCAGCCCCAACUGGCUGGGUCUCUUGGCCAGCAGCUAAGCCCAGAGCAGCUACCUCCCAGCGUCAUCCAUGAAUCAGUUGGUGGAACUCAGGGUAUAGAAAAGAAAGUCAGUGCUGAUCCUCAGAAGACCUCAGAAGACGUCAGAUCAGAGGCUCUGGCCAAGGAAAUUGUGCACCAAGACAAAUCUCUGGCAGACAUCUUGGAUCCAGACUCCAAAAUGAAGACAACUAUGGACCUGAUGGAAGGUUUGUUCCCCCGAGAUGUUAACAUGCGGAGGGAAAACAGCACAAAGAGGAAGACCCUGCAGAGAACUGUCAGCUGCCCAGGAUGUGAAAGCAAGAGGAGUGAAGACAAGGAAAUGGUUGGUGUGUUGGUCAACUGCCCUGCAUACUACAGUGUGUCUGCUGCCAAGGCUGAGCUUCUGAACAAAAUCAAAGACAUGCCAGAAGAGGCUCGUGAGGAAGAGGAGCAGGGGGAUGUCAACGAAAAAAAGGCUGAGCUCAUUGCAAGCCUCACCCACAAGCUCGAGACCCUCCAGGAAGCAAAGGGGAGUCUACUCGUGGACAUCAAACUUAACAACGCCCUGGGAGAAGAGGUGGAAGCUUUGAUCAGUGAGCUCUGCAAGCCCAACGAGUUUGACAAGUACAAGAUGUUCAUAGGGGACUUGGACAAGGUGGUCAACCUGCUGCUGUCCCUCUCAGGGCGCCUCGCCCGCGUGGAAAACGUCCUGAGUGGCCUUGGUGAAGAUGCUAGUAAUGAAGAAAGGAGCUUGCUGAAUGAGAAAAGGAAGAUCCUGGCUGGGCAGCAUGAGGACGCGCGGGAGCUCAAAGAGAACCUGGACCGCAGGGAGAGGGUGGUGUUGGACAUCCUGGCCAAUUACCUCUCGGCUGAACAGCUCCAGGACUACCAGCACUUCGUGAAGAUGAAGUCAACACUCCUCAUUGAGCAGCGAAAGCUGGACGACAAGAUAAAGCUUGGCCUGGAACAGGUCAAGUGUCUACUGGAGAGUCUUCCCUCAGACUUCACUCCCAAGGCCGGAGCCCUGGCUCUGCCCCCAGAUCUCACGAGCACAGUGACUCCUUUGGGGGGCAGUGCUGUCACGGCAUGUUUCCACUUUAACCUCUUCUCAGAUACCCAACCAAAAGACCACCUCUCAACACUGUUUAAUCUGAGAAAUGGUUUGCUGCAAGCCACCAUUUAA